AUGUACACUUCUAUAAACAUGUUUCGAGCUGUUCAAAAUAUAAUCACUUCGAGAGGUUUGCGAAAAAAUUGUUGUUUUAGUAGUAUAACACAAUCAGGAUUACAUAAUAACAACUUAAAUACAAUCAAAAAAUUACGAAAAGCUACAAAUUUAUCAAUAGGUAUAUGUAAAAAUAUUUUAAAUAAAAAUGAUUAUAAUGUAGAGAAAAGUAUAGAUUACGUAUUUCAAAAUUUGAAUAAUAAUUAUGAAAACAAAGAAAUGGAAAUAACAGAAGGAUAUUACUGUUUAAGAAAUAAAGGCAAUUUAGUAGGUAUAUCUGAAUUGAGUUGCUAUAAUGAUUUAAUUUCCGAAAACAUAUAUUUUAAAGAGUUGUUAAUUAAUAUAUGCAAUACCUUAUUAAACAGUACUACUAAUAAUAUAAAUAAAACAAAGGAUAUAAUGCCAAAUAAAGAAAUUAUUACAAAUUAUAUACGUCUAAUUUAUAAAAAUAACCAAAUAGCUUGCGAUAAGAAUUUCGAAAGUGUUGAUGAUAUAGACAUUUAUAAUAAAAUAUAUUUAAAUAGAAGUAUUAAAGAAUUAAUUGAUUACACUUCUUACGUUUUAAAUCAUUAUAUACUUUUUCGAAAAAAUUUAACACUUAACAUGGAAAAUAUAAAUAAUAAUGAAAAUACAUAUAUAGUAAAAAAAAACUACCAUCAUAAAGAAAUUAAAAUUGACAAUUUUAUUUUAUGUAAAGGUUUUUCAUUUAGUUUUUUAACAAUCAAAUUUAAAGAAAAAAUUACUGAAGAAACUAAAUUAAUAUUAGAAAAGUUAGCUAUCCUUACAUGCAUAAAUAUAUUAAUACAUAAACCAAAGUAUUGCUCAAAAUCAUAUAAUUUAGAUAUUAGCAGUUAUUUUCAACAAUAUUUUAUUAAUCCAAGUUCCAAAAAAUUAAAAGUCGAUGAAAAAAAACAGGUGAAUAAUGAUACAACCGAAAAAAAAAACGAAACAAAUUAUAACAGUAUUGAAAGCUUAAAAAAAAAUGAUAAUAAAUCAUCUGACGAUUUUUUAUUAAAUAAAAUUGAAUCAUUUCAUUUAAUAAGUGCUCAUUUAAAAAACCUACCUCACGAGAAAUUAAAAAAUAUGCCAAUGGAUAACACAACUUUUGUGGAAUUAAUAUCUCUAUUAGAGCAAGAACUGAACAUUAAAAUUUAUAUUAAUAUGCUAUAUUCUAUGGUUAAUGAAGAUAUUGUUAUUGUGUAG